AAGGAAGAAAAAGAAAAAGAAAAUAUAAUCUGCAUCUUAAAUACUCCGUAGAUCAGAUCUUUGGGUACCACAGAGCCUCCAACGCACCAACUCGGUUGAAACAUUCACGGAUUCCAUGGCGGAGACGAGGGUGAUCGGAAGCGAGGACAAGAUAGAUCGCCAUACGGCAAUUGACCCCCCCAUAAAAUUGCAAGAUCUUCAUCUUUUUGUUUUCUUCCGAUUUGGAAAGAUCUCAUUGAGGAAACCAAAGAUGGAGGCUUCGAUGUUGUUGACAUCUAUGUGUUUUGGAAUGAUCACGAACCUCAACUACAUCACUGCCAGUGGUCAAAUAAGUUUUUUUUGUGGAUUUUGAUGACACAUGUGUUCUUGGUGGGAAAUAAUGGCUGAAGGGAUAAAGUUCACACCUGUCGAGUUUUUUCAUCACUUGAUUGCGUUCGGGUACAUGCCUUUCUUGCCAGGUUUGUUUUUCAAUGUGCCCAAUUCAUGGUUAGUUUUAAGGGGAACAUACACGAACCUAGUCAGGCAGCCUUACCAUAGUCAGCACCCCUAUAUAGGUUUAAAAAACUAGUCAUGCCAAAACCACAAUAAAGGUAAUCCCAAAACCUUAACCACGGCCUCAAACAAUAUGACCACAUCCAGCAACUCAUUUAGUCUUUUAACCACCCCCAUCCCUACACUCCAAACACACGAUGGAUGAUCACUUGGUAGCAUUUAUCACAGUCAGAAGUGCAAUUAAAUGGUAAACAAUUAAGAACUCGGAUGGAAAACCCCAGAAGGGUGAAAAUGUUGACUAAGUCUCAAAAAACCAAAAUUGAAUUCCAGCACAUAGUCCAACCAUAAAAUCCAAGUCCAGACUUCUGUGGUCGAACACGACUUGAAAUUCAAAUUAAGUUGAAAACCAACUUACAAAAUCAAAAUAAAAACCAAAAACUAUGGGGAUGCUAACGAGUUGUCAGCACCAACCAUGAUCAGCUUGUGUUCAAAAUCUCUGUUAAUAUCUUAGGCCUUGUAGUGAUGCUCGUACCCCUUUGGAUGAUUCCGACUACAUAGCAGUAUAUGAUUAGAUGGAUUCUAGGAACCGAACCACUAUUUUCAGAUUCUAUCAAAAUGAUCAAUGAAUGUUUCAACCGAGUUGGUGCGUCGUGUUGCAAUAUGGUAGUCAGGAAAGGCGUCUUGUAUGUGAAUAAUGGGUAGGAAUCUCCCACACAAUAGUUUGUUCAUUUUGUCCCAAUUUGAGGUUGACGUGUUCACCAUGAGGACAUCGUCUUACUGAGUUUAAUGGGUUUUGACGUAUUCGGUUCGACUAUAUGCUCAACCAUAUGUAACCAGACCAAGAAAUCAUACAUCAAAUACGAGAAUCUUGACUCUUAUUCCCAGGUUUCAUCCUAAUUCAUCCGAUCCUAAUUCAUUCCCGAACACAAUGACCAUAUACUUGAUAGCCUUUGAACCUGCCUCCUGCAUUAGUUUAACUUCAAGUACAUUGUUGUUGUAUACAUGUUCAAUUUCAAGAUUCUGUGGAUUGAGGCCAGCCCCAGUAGUGCCUUGGACGGCGUUUUUGUGAGAAGUCUGCGUCCUUGUCCAACCAUUUGAACAUUGUUGUUGUCAUCGCCUAGUCCCCGACUAGUCGUCCGGGCAUUUUGGACCGUGUGACUUCAUUCUCACCUAGCACUUGAAGUGGACUAAGCAGGUCGUGCAAAUCAAUGCCUAGGUGGUGC